AUGGCAGAGGAUAAGCAGAAGUUGAGCACAGCUGAUCAGGACUACGGUACUGUGGGAGGGGAGGAGGGAGAUGGUGAGACAGGUGGGGAGGGACCUGCUAGCCCCCAGACAAGUCAGUCUUGUUCCUCCGUUGUCGAUACUCGGUAUCUCAGGAGUAUCGAGGGAAUUCUGAAACUGAUCACAAUUAUAUUUGCAGUUGUUGGAAUAAUUGUAACUUCUGUUGCCCUCUAUUUUGGACCCAGUGGAUGGUACUAUUUCGUUGGCAUUGGUUACAUUCUUUAUGUGCUCAUCACAUUCAUUCUGGAGACAUUUGUGCCCAAUUUUUACAUGAACCGAAUCGCUGACGCAGUCAUUGUUGGAAUGUAUGCAUUGCUGUGGCUUUUAUCAGCUAUUGUCAACACUGCCUUCGCAGCAACCGGUGGCAAUAUACUUCUUGGCGUGGCUUCGAUAUUUGCGUACAUAUCCUCUGGAAUGUGUAUUGCUCAAGUUGUGUUUGCUAUCCUAACAUGGAGAACCAAUGGUGGAACUGGACCCUCAAAACCAAUCUGUGGAAAGUGAUUUUUUUUCACAAUAGCUAACUAUAUCAACUUUUAAUUACUUACACUUUAAUCUCAACUAACACUUGAUCACAGAUACACUUAACUUCAACAUGAUAAUUAUACAAAAUCGCCUUUAAUUAAUACUAAGUUUAGUAGUUGUAGUUUUUCAAGAAAAAACUGUCCUCUCCGUCAA